GAAUUAUAUGCCUGCAUCUAAAACACAGGCAUAAAUUCGAAACAAACAAAAAGAAACCAAAAUACGAAAAAAAAAAAGAUUCAGCAAAUUGCUAACAAAUUGUGGGACGACGUCGACGACGAGGACGACGACCUAGAUUCAGCCAACAGACAAAGCCACCCACUUCUACGGCAGGAUGAACUUGUUACGUUUCGCCGGCGUGCGUCUGCCGGGUGCGGGAAGAGGGACUGAUCGGGUCUCGACUAUAUCGCGCCGCUUUACCCAUCACGACGCCACUCGAGCCAUGGGCGGCGGACGUGAGUUGGUUGGUUAUGGCAUCAAUGGCACGCCCUGUUAUAUUGAUUGUGCCGACUUUCCAUUUCCGGCAAUUCGCUAUCGCGUGGUGGACUCUGCGAUCUGUGCACUGCGCGAAAAAGAGCUGGGCGAUUGGAAGAAGCUAACGCUGCCAGAUAAGAAGUUGCUAUAUCGUCACAGUUUCUGUCAGACAUAUGCCGAGUUUCAGCAUUUCACGCCCGAGUGGAAGCUGGCCGUUGGCAUCGGUCUGUGGUCGACGGCGAUUGCAAUUCUCAUCGCUUUGAUAAUCAAUUCGGCCGGAUAUGAUGAAUAUCCGGAGACGUUCCAAGAGGAGCGCCGCCAGGCGCAACUACGUCGCAUUAUACACCUGCAAAUCGAGCCAAUUACUGGACUCUCCUCCAAAUGGGAUUACUCACAGAACAAGUGGAAGUAAGCCAUCCACCUGCUAAUACAACGAAUUGAAUUGAAUGGAAUGCUCUUGCACAGUAACAUUAUCCAGAUAUAGAUAUAUGUAUAGAUAUAGAUAUAUAUAUAGAUAUUUAUACACCUACAACACUUACACCAGCAUGUUGAGCUCUGCGCUCAUUUGACACCAAUUUACUCGGACAUUUGUCUUAGAUUAAAUUUCAUGGCAAUUUCAUUGCGAGCAUUAAAUAUUAAAUUUAAAUGUA